AUGGCACAUGGCGCGGAGGACUGCGCAACCGUCCUGGAGCAGUUUGUCCACGAUGUGGCGAACCUUCCGGCUGAAAUCAACCAUUUGAUGGAAGAGAUCCAGGCCAAGGACAAGGUCAUGCAGGAAUGUCGCGCCACUAUCAACUCGCGCGACGGCAGCAUCCAGAAAUUCAUUAAGAUGAACGGCAGUCUGGCGCCGAACCCGAAGGAGGAGCAAUACGGAAAGACUAUUCUGGAAAACAUAGACCAAUCUUUCGAACUACAGACCGAGAAGAUCCAGCUCAGUGAGAAGGCAUGCGUUCUGCUCGAUCGCCAAAUUAAACGGCUGGACGUGCGCAUUCGUGACCUGGUCAACGAGGGCCUCCUCAUCAACGACCCUCCUCUCCCAUCUCUGUUCGACUCGAAGAACAAAUACCGCAAUCCGCCCAAGGUCUUCUUCCCUGAUUCUACACCCUCCGAAACCCCCGCCUACUCCACACCUCUCAAUCCGACCUCUGGAAAUGCGAAUCCUAUUCUAGCUGCUGCCCAGCGCCUUAAUCAGUCCACAGCACCCCGCACUCCAGGAUCUAUCACCCUACCAGGCCAAACCGCAGUGCGCAGCUCGGCACCAGCUACACCAGCCGCUGCAGUCGUCCACCUCCAGCAACGACAGCGCGAGUCCUCCGCCGGAGCAGUGGAUAGCAAGCGCCGCAGACUCAACCCAGUCCUCAACACCCUCCCUGUCGCUUCAUCAAACCUUCGCCAGUCAUCCCUUGGUCCUGGAACGCCGAAGCCCGGCACGCCUGCAGGUAGCCGUGCAGGCAGCGCCGGCCCACGUUCCAGUGUCGGCAUCAAGAAGGCACUGACCAAAAAGGUCGCGCCACACCACCAAGUCAAGAAGCUGAAAUCCCACCAUGGCAAGCCUCUCAAACGUUCUUCCAGUGCAAGUGGUCGCAUCAAGACGUCUAAGAAGUCUCCUAAUGGCGAGGGCGAUGAGGAUGAUGAUUCUAUGCUCAGCAGUGCGGAUACCUCCGACUCCGAUAAUGAUGCCGCAGGAGACGAGGAUAUGGAUGAUGAUGACGAGGAUGAAGGAAAUGAGGACUCCAAGGUCUACUGUACCUGCCGCACGGUCAGCCAUGGGGAUAUGGUCGCUUGUGAUAAUGAUGAUUGUCCCUACGAGUGGUUCCACUGGAAGUGUGUUGGGCUUACUCGUGAGCCUGUUGGGACUUGGUACUGUGAUGAGUGCCGGCGCACCCUCGGCAAGUAA